CCUCGAUAUUUUAGUUUGUUGGAGUUUAUAUAUUUUCCACUGUGGGUGCAGGUUAUAUUGGUUAUGGACAUGGAAGUACUUGCAUUUGUCCAACCUGUACAACGCAAGAGGAGGAGAGAUUCCAAAAAUGUGUAGGCGGUUCGUGAAGACGAUACAGAUGAAUGUGCGAAGGCUCACUUCCCUGAGGAGAGUUCUGUCGGAGUCCUGGAUAUUCUCCUGUGUCACUGCUCUUGUGGUCAGAGCGAUCUUCUCUGCUGUAUGCUCCCAGUACAUGGAGAGACUUCGUUUUGGUGAUUACGAUGUAAAUGGUGAAUGCGGAGUUGUCUUCGUCAAAGGUUCCUUAUGCAGACUGUCCCACGCAAGAGGAAGACGGGUUCCAAAAUGUGUGAGUGGUCCCAGAAGGCGUAGUCAACGUGUGAAGUGUCGUGGGCCAAGAACGAAGAAUCGUGUGACAUUUGUGUUGAUUAUGUUCGAUGCUUUUAUAUAUAUAUAUAUAUUUAUUUUACAAUAUAAAAUUUCUUUGAGUUUAUUAGUUUUAAUUUGUGAUAUCUUGCGUUUGAUUUCUUUUACAUGUGUUAGGUUGUGUAUAUAUGUCUAUAUGUGUAUAUGUCCCAUGAUGUAACUUCGUAUAGAAUUCUUUUAAUAUUAAAAUGUUAGUUACUCUUAAUAAUGUAAUUUCUUGUGUUGUAUUUUUAUUUAUUAGAUUAUUGCUAGUUUGGUUUAACAAUGUAAAACACACACACAUAUAUAUAU